AUGGGAUCCACUGAACAAGAGCCAGUUGGAACAGUUCGUAUCUGGUAUACCGGAGCAUACUAUGCCCUGCCUAUCGGCCAGCUUCAGCCGAGAGGAGCUGUCAGCGGUUUAAUGCUGCUAAGCAAUAACGACGAAGAGGAAGAAGCAUUGGAGUUUCCUCGGUCCGGACACAAAGCGCCAGCUCUCGACUACGACAACCGCCGUAUCUUGCAAAGCAGCAAGCUACCGGUCAAUGAUGACGAGGAAGAGGAAGAAGCAUUGAGGUUUCCUCGAUCGAAACACAAAGCGCCAGUCCGUGUCGACGCAGUGAGAUUUGCCUAUUCGAUACCGGAAGCCACCGCCCGGCCUCACACUCGUCGCCAUGUCUUGCGCACUGCCAAACUACCAGCCAAUGAUCGCAAAGAGAAGGAACCGCUGGGCGUUGCUUCCUCGAAGCGAAAGGGCGCAGAUAUUGUUCGCAAUGCCCGCGAUGCAGAGGUCAUCACUCUGUCAAGUGAUGGCGUUGACAAUGGAGGCAAGUGGAAGCACGUCCACGCUGCGGAUGUCAUCACACUGUCAAGUGAUGGCGUUGGCGAAGGGGAAUCAAGGCUUCGUCAGACUUCAAGUCUAGCGCGUGAUGCGGACAACGCCCUCGACGUCGCCAUGGGGUGGUGUGAGGACAACAUUUGGGCUUUUCACUCCUUCCUGAAUUCAGUUUUCUUCUCACCAAGCCUUAUACGAACGACAACGUCCAACCGACCAGAUCGAUCAUGGUAUUGCCGGACAAACUCGCUCAGUUGA